AUGCGCAGUAGGGGCCUGGGUUUUAAUACUCGUGUGUGCGCUGAGCAGUGCCCAGUAAAGGCCGGUAAACAAGACGGGAUGAGGCAUCAGCAAGGCUCGUCUGCGAACUGCUGAGUGACCCGGACACUGCCCAAAGCUCACCCCUGGCGGCAGCUGCCAUGAACCUGGCCAGUCAGAGCGUGGAGGCCGGAGCCUCGCAGCUGCUCUUUGCCAACUUCAACCAGGACAACACGUCACUUGCUGUUGGGAGCAAAUCUGGAUUCAAGUUUUUCACGCUUUCAUCUGUGGACAAACUUGAACAGAUAUACGAAUGCACUGACACAGAAGAUAUCUGUAUCGUGGAACGGCUCUUCUCCAGCAGUUUAGUUGCUAUUGUCAGCCUCAAAGCCCCUCGUAAGCUGAAAGUUUGUCAUUUUAAGAAGGGGACAGAGAUCUGCAACUACAGCUACUCCAACACAAUUUUGGCAGUGAAAUUGAACCGUCAGAGGCUCAUAGUAUGUCUGGAAGAAUCCCUCUAUAUACACAACAUAAGAGACAUGAAAGUUCUUCACACAAUCAGAGAAACUCCCCCUAACCCUUCUGGUCUUUGUGCUCUUUCAAUUAAUGGUGAUAAUUGCUACCUUGCAUAUCCCGGAAGUACAUCUAUUGGAGAAGUCCAAGUGUUUGAUACUGUUAAUCUGAGAGCUGCUAAUAUGAUCCCGGCUCAUGACAGUCCUCUUGCAGCAUUGGCUUUUGAUGCAAGUGGAACCAAGCUGGCUACAGCAUCAGAAAAGGGUACAGUGAUUCGUGUGUUUUCCAUUCCAGAAGGACAGAAAAUAUUUGAGUUUCGAAGGGGUGUGAAAAGGUGCGUGAAUAUUUGUUCUUUGGCAUUUAGCUUGGAUGGCUUAUUUCUCUCUGCAUCCAGUAACACAGAAACUGUGCACAUUUUUAAGUUGGAGACUGUAAAAGAAAAGCCUCCAGAGGAACCCACUACUUGGACUGGGUAUUUUGGAAAAGUGAUCAUGGCAUCCACAAGUUAUCUGCCAUCACAGGUUACUGAAAUGUUCAACCAGGGCAGGGCUUUUGCAACAGUUCGAUUACCAUUCUGUGGGCACAAAAACAUCUGUGCACUAGCUAUGAUCCAAAAGAUCCCCCGCUUACUUGUUGCAGCAGCUGAUGGCUACCUUUACAUCUACAAUGUGGACCCACAAGAAGGUGGAGAAUGCACCUUAAUGAAGCAGCAUAAGUUGGAUGGCAGCAUGGAACCUGGCAGUGAGAUUUUAGAGUCUGCAUCACAUGACAGGCCCCUAGUGACACAAGCGUAUAACGCUUCAUCUCCAACACGACAUGGUUAUUCUGAAGAUAUGGGAGCAGUGGGAGGAUUCAGCUUGGAAAAUGAAACUUGUGCUCUCCGGCUAGAUGAAGACAGUGAAAAUCCGCCCAUGAUCCUACAGACUGAGUGAGCGCGUUUUCUCAAGAUUUGGAACUACAGUAUGAACUCUAAAGAAAUUUCCAGCGUUACAGACUUUAAGAGAGAUUAAAGUUUCAGAGACAAUGUAUGAUAUGUUUUGCAGACUAGUUAGUUACUUUCUAAUAGUGUGUGUCUGGGGAAAGUGUAUGUAUGCUUAUGUGUAUUUGCUUACACACGUGUGUGUGUGUGUGUGUGUUCACACACGGUAAUGUGCACAUCUUAGUACACUGAAAUGAACAAUUACGCACUGUUUAUUAUGGAAGUAAAUCAAUCAAAAGUGACAAAGUAUUUGUUUUUAAUUUUGAAAACAAAAUCAGCAUUUUAUGUGGCCUUCCAGAGAAUUAAAAAGUUACUUUUUAUAUUUUCUCCUUUUCUCACUUUACCUGUUUUUUUGGAUGUCCAAAUAAUACCUCCCAGCUUCAGUAAUGCUAAGAAACUCAAAGAUAGGCAAGAUGAAUUGACUGCCUAUAUACUUACACCCCACGUAGCUCUUAUUUCACACAUGCUGAAAGUUUUGGGUCGUUAUCAUGCUGGAAGAAACAGAACUCUUUUUGCAGUUGUUUUGUUUUUUUUUAAUUAUCUUGAAGAAAUUAUUUUUUUUUGCAUCUUUAGUUAUUUUCUAUAUGUUAUUUACGAAAAUUCUUCACAGACCACGAGAGAGCUGCUAUCAUGCAUCAUGUACAGUUGCAAACUGGCACUAAUGUGAUUCUUCACAGAUCUGACAUAUUGAUGUCUUUUAGGAACCAAAGCAUUGCUCAUGCCUUUUCCGCCAGUGGCUAUUGCUCCAUGCUUUAUGGUGUUUUGUCUGUCAUUUUUUCUGCUUUGUUGCCUUUUGUUAAUUGUAUGUGCAAGAAUAGUUCUGCUUGUGAUCAAGAUGUUUAAUUUGUUGUCACAUGUCUUUGUAGGUAUCAUGCACAAAGAACUGAUUAUCAGAUACACACAGUUUUCCCACUGCCUUCAGUUUGUUGAUUUAAACCCUUAAAGUGGCACUGUCACUUUUGGAGGGUGUUUGCAUAUUUUGCAAAGUUCCACAAAGGUAACAUCCCUGCUUGGGGUGCUGGCUGAGGGGUAAGCAGAGAAGCAGUGGUAAACUAUAUUUACCUGAAGCUGUCCCUCAUGGGCACCAUCAUUUUGUUUCCUCCACUCCUGGUGCUUAACCAGAGAAACUAUAGUACAGCAAUAUGGUCUCUGGAGGCUUGGAGAAUCUUCUAUAGACCAGCUCACACAAUGUGCAAGAAGAUUCUUAACUUGGCAAAACAUGAUGAAUGAAGCUCUGCCGUUUGUCAGGUUUUGUCAACUUCAUAUCUUUUGGCUGUGUUGGAAAUUUUUAAAUGACUGUCAUCUACUGGAAACUAGGGAUUCUUUGUAUGCUUACGUCCCAUGCACUAUAUCUGUAUCACAAUUUGCAAACCAACCCAGCCAUUAUUAUUAUUAUUCACAAGCUGAAUCAAUCAUGCUGGUGGAUUGAACAAAUGUAAUACAUGGAAUGACUUGUUGUUUUUUUUCUUGUUUGUUUUUUCUUUUUCUAAUUAAAUAAGUACUUAGUGCCCAUUUUGAUGGAUUUAUUCUUAAUUUUCAUGUGUGACCUAAGACUUUAGUGCACAGUACUGUGUGUGUAUUUGUACAUACUGUGUGCGUGUGUGUUUAUAAUAUAUAUGGAUAUAUAUGCACAUGUUUCUGUGUGUGCAGUUUCCCUUCUGUGGCUUUAAAAGUGUAGCAAUUUUAAAUGUAGUGUUUUUGUUUUCAUUAUGUUUUUGUUUUGUUUUUUCCUUUGUUUUCUUGGGUUGUUUUUUUAUUUUUGUUUUUGCCAAAUUGUGCUUUGACCUCCCACCUUGCAUGUGCCAAGCAAGCCUAGGAAAAGUAGAUUCUGGUAAUCUAUCCUGACUUUGGAUUCUUUCUCUUACAUUCUGUGUAAUGUACCUGUGGGUGGGAAGGAAAUUAAAUAUAUACAUAUAAUUUUUUAAGAGCUAUAAAGAUAAGACGGGAAAAGUUAGAGUGCUUUUGACUAUUUCACUCUAAGUGUAAGGGCCUUAAUGUGACUUGUACCUAAUGCUUCAACUUCCAAUUAUUUCCUUUUCUGCUGGACCAUUUACCUAAAUAAAAAAACAAAACAUUCUGACUGACA